AUGUCGUCGACGGACAAGCUGGUGAUUCUUCAGAUCCUCAGCCUCGAUGCGAGGAUGGGGGGCUUUUCGUACCGCUGCGGCGCGGUUUUGCAAAAACCGUUCUGCAGCGGCGCGGUGGCGUUGGCGAUGGUGGCCGCGUACACCCAGGCGCAGCCCCAGUACUGGUAG